CAACAAAAUACCAAGAGAUUGAAAUAAAAAUAUUAAAUACGGAAAUAAUAAUAAUAUUAAAAUAAAACCCUCCAAGAAUUUGACAGGGGCCCAUAUAGAGAGGGUUUUUCUGCCAAGCAGACAGAAAGAAAUCCGUUCUUGCUUAUUCUACCAAAGGAAAAGCUUUACAUUUUAUGGAUAACAGAGCUUCUUGUGAGGAGUCAACAUUAGAUCUUAUUAGAGAAUUGCUAAUCACUAUCUCUGACUCGGUACCUGAUAAAAAAUUUGAUUCUGUAGCAUUUGAGAACUUUGACAACGAAAACAAGGCUGUUGAAAUAAGCACCGACGAAGUUGAUGAUAUAAGGUCCAAGUUGAUUUCGAUUUCUAGUAAGCAAUCACCAGAUUCAAAUCAGACAAGGUGCAAUGGGCACCCAUGAGGGUGGUAUAUAAUAUUGUUCUUAUAAUGGGAGAUACUUGAAUGUUUCAUUAUGUUGUAGAACUCCCUUGUGCAUGUAAAGUUUGUAUCAGUCUGUUCUUUGUUCUAUAGUUCUGGUGUGUGGUGAGGUCAAGUUACAUGGAGUUGCAUCUCCGCAAAAUCUUGCAACUGUAUGACAUAACCAACAUGAAAUUCUCUUUCUAUAACAACAGACAUUUACAUUAUUGUUUCAGAUUUUUUUUCACGCAAAAAUUAUCAUCAUUAUUUUUGAAUAAAGGCAAGCGAUAAUUUAACAGAGCGUUAAAAUGCAUGCUGGCCCCGUCCCCCAAUGUAUGCGACCUGGUGGGACGGAGUGGGACGGAGGGAGUAGUUGACUUGGUCAUGCAAUCCUUAGAGCUUUAAAUUCAAACUAAUAAUACUUGUGGGGACUGGGGACUAGUGGAGUAGAUGAAGCUAAGUUGUGCAGUUUCUCGUUUCGAGUUAGGCUUUCGUCUUCAAAAUAAUAUACCCAACAGGAUCACAGUCUUAAGUCCAAGCUUUAAUUCCAUUAGCCCACGAAUCAAUCUUUAGAUGAAAUGGUAAACUCAAAGACUUAGCAUUCUCUCAGCGUCCACAAGCAUUUAUUACUUGUAGAUUAAGGGGUGUCACAGUACUUAUAGCAGUCUGUAGAAACUUUAAAUGUGUAUAUUAUCUUGUAACCUGAACUAAUCAUCUCUAAAAGUUGUGUAAUUCUUAUCGCAAUGGUUUUGCAUUUUGUCGUUCUCUUUAUUUCAACAUUAGCAGCCUCUUCAAAUUGUAGAAACAGUGUUGCUGCGACAUUUUUAAGUAAUGUCACAGACCAACAAGCUUUGCUUUCUCUCAAGGCAUACAUAACAGGAGAUCAAAAUGGUGUGCUGAGCUCAUGGAACCAUUCCAUCCACUUCUGUCAGUGGGAAGGUGUUACAUGCAGCCGUAGACGCCAGAGAGUAACGGUGCUAGACCUCUCAUCUCAACAACUGGACGGUAUUUUGUCUCCUCAUAUUGGAAACCUUUCUUUUCUCAGAGCAGUUUACCUUGAGAGAAACAACUUUCGAGGCUCAAUCCCUGAAGAAUUUGGUAAACUGUUUCGCUUAAGAUACCUUCACCUGGGUAUUAAUUCAUUUCAAGGUACCUUUCCGAUGAAUUUAAGUCACUGUUCAGAUAUAAGAAACAUCAGUAUAGAAGAAAACAAUCUUGGAGGAAAAUUACCAACUGCAUUCUCAUCUUGGUCUAAACUUGUUGUGUUCAAUGCAUAUAAAAAUCAUUUCACUGGAUCAGUAUCUUCUUCGAUUGGGAAUGCAUCAUCUCUUCGUUUCCUUGAUAUAGGCACAAACAAUCUAACAGGGAACAUACCUUCAGAAGUUUCCCACCUUCUGAAAUUAGAAUUUCUUCGAUUGGCAGGGAACGUUUUGUCAGGUACAUUCCCCUUGCCACGUUACAACACCUCGUCGCUCUCUUACAUUAACCUAGCUGUUAAUAAUUUACAAGGAAGGCUUCCGGCUGAUUUUUUCUUCACUCUUCCUCAUCUUCAAAUAUUCUAUGCUGCAAAAAACAAUUUCUCAGGGCCUCUUCCAACAUCCUUAACUAAUGCCUCAAAGCUUCUUUAUUUUGACAUGUUUUCUAACAACAUUAGAGGUCCUGUACCGAUGGAUCUGGGAAGCCUCCUGAAUCUUGAAUGGCUAAACCUAGGCUACAAUCAACUUGGACAUAAUCAGGCACCUGGUGGCUUGAGUUUCCUUGGUUCUUUGGUCAACAGUACCCGUCUAACGUUUUUGGGUCUAGAAGCAAAUGAUUUCAGUGGCGAGAUCCCAAAUUCCAUCGCUAAUCUCUCAACAGCAUUAGAUCAAUUGGUCUUUUCCUACAAUUACCUCCACGGAAGCAUACCCCAGGAUAUAGGGAAGUUUUCCAAUAUCACAUAUCUUACAUUUUACGAAAACUUGUUACAAGGAAGUGUUCCUGAAUCAGUGUGUACGCUGUCCAAGUUAGGUAGUCUGUCUUUAGGCUAUAACAACAUUUCAGGAGAAAUUCCAGCUUGCCUAAGCAACAUUACUGGAUUACUUCUCCUCAGUUUGCAGAGUAAUAUGCUUCAUGGAAGGAUACCUAAGUCGAUCUAUAAUAUUUCAUCGCUGGAAGGGUUGAGCCUUCACAGCAACCACCUCAGUGGGGUGAUACCUGAGCAUAUUAUGGGGCUUUCUCAUAUUAUUCGUCUGUACUUGGAUCAUAAUAAAUUGACAGGGAACCUGCCUUCCGACAUUGGGAGACUGAUAAAUAUUGUUGACCUAAAUGUUUCAGACAACAAACUAACAGGAAAAAUACCCACUAGUCUGGGUGCUUGUGUAAUGUUAGAGGAACUUUACAUGGGGCAAAACCUAUUUGAAGGUAGAAUUCCAUCUUCUUUCAAAGCCUUAAAAGGUCUUGCAUUUCUAGAUCUUUCAAAUAACAAUUUGUCAGGAAGUAUUCCCCGCUUUCUUGGGGAGUUUCGCCUGGUUCAGUUCCUCAAUCUGUCGCACAAUAAACUUGAAGGCGAGGUGCCUAAAACAGGUUUGUUCUCAAAUGUCAGUGCUUUUUCAGUUGUCGGAAAUCAUGGGCUUUGCGGAGGUAUUAAAGCAUUGCAGUUGCCUUCUUGUCCUGCAAAAAAAUUGAAAACUAAGAAAAGGGAAUUUCCACUAAGAAUAAUACCCCUUGUAGUUCUUCUACCUCUUGCUACCUUGUUGGCUUGUAUUGUCUUUGUUUUCUACCGAAUCAAGAAGUCCAAGCAACAGAAUGUCCCCGUUAUAGUUUUGCAGGACAACCAAUACCCUAGACUCACGUAUCAAGAUCUUAUGCUAGCAACACUCUGUUUUUCCCAAGACAAUUUGCUAGGCCAGGGGAGAUAUGGUUCCGUGUACAAAGGAAUUCUCAAACUAGAUUCAUUGCAACAGACUGUUGCCGUGAAAGUACUAAAUGUUGAUGUACAUGGAGCCAACAAGAAUUUCUUGGCAGAAUGUGAGGUGUUGAGGAAUACUCGUCACCGGAAUCUCCUCAAGAUCAUUACAGCUUGCUCUAGCAUUGAUAAUAAGGGCAAUGACUUCAAGGCGUUGGUUCUUGAGUUCAUGAAAAACGGGAGCCUAGACAAGUGGUUACAUCCAAGUCCAUCUGGUGAAGGAAAUGAAAGGAAUCUGACUCUGAUCGAGAGGAUAAAUAUUGCUAUUGAUAUUGCAUUGGCGGUGGAUUACCUUCAUCAUCACUGUCCCAAAAAAAUCAUCCACUGUGACAUUAAGCCAAGUAAUAUUCUUCUUGAUGAGGAUCUCGUUGCUCGUCUGAGUGAUUUUGGUUUAUCCAGAGUGUUUUUGACAAAUGUAAGUGACUUCAAUCACGCACAAACAAGUUCAACCGGUGUUCGAGGAACUGUUGGAUAUGUCCCCCCAGAGUAUGGAAUGGGAGGAAAGAUAUCCGCAGAAGGCGACAUGUAUAGCUAUGGAAUUCUUCUGCUGGAAAUGUUCUCCGGGCAAACACCUACAGGUAGCAACAUAUUAAUGGAUCAUGCUGAUAAUCUCCAUCAUUAUGUCAAGAAGGCCCUUCCGCACAGAGUGAUGGACAUUGUUGAUCCCCAGAUUAUACUACAGAGCGAGGAUCAUUGCUCCCUGAAGCACAAGUCACUUAGCAGGAGUCACAUAUUAAGUAGAAUGGAAGGCUGCCUGGCUUCAGUUUUUGAAGUUGGGGUUUUAUGUUCAGUUGAAAUGCCAAAAGAACGCAUUGGCAUUAGUGUUGCUAUUGAGCAGCUACGUGAGGCUAAAGACAAACUUCUGCUGCAAGGGCUUUAA